AUGAUGUCCAAGCUCAAAACUAUUUGUUGGCCUCAAGUGAUUUUAUUCGGGGACUCUAUCACACAGGUGAUAAAAAUCGACCUAAAAAUGUAUCGUUUGUCACCGAAGAACUUAACUCACAACAGCUGCCACCUUGUUGGGCUAAAAGUAAAAUAAUAAUAAUGCUGCUGCUUCUUUCAGUUUUCAUUUCAAGUCAAUGGCUGGGGGGCAGACAUUGCCAGUAAACUAGCAAGGUAGGUUCCUAAAUCAAAGUAGUUUGGUUUUGUUUGCAUCAAUUCAGGUGCUGAAAACUGUCAAAUAUACGCGACAUCUGAACUUGUGUUUUAUCCUCCCUUUAGAAAGUGUGAUGUUGUCAACAGAGGACUGUCAGGCUACAACUCCAGAUGGGCAAAGAUAGUCCUUCCUCGCCUUAUCAGCAGCCAAAACUCUGCAGCAGACUGCAGAAACAUAGCUGCUGUCACUGUCUUCUUUGGAGCCAAUGACAGUUCACUGGAAGGUAGAGAUCUGUCAGUGGAUGAUACAAGAUCUCAAAAUGAAAACACAGCUGAACAUAAUCCUUCAAUGCUUUUUGUAUACAUACUUUUAUAUACUUCAAUCAAAUCAAUAUAAUCAACAAAUUACUAAAAAAAACACCUGAAUACAGUCUGAUAAAUGAUAAAAAUGUCCUCUUGUAGUUUAUUAGUUUCCAAAAACAUUUAAUCUAUCAAACGAGAUCAAUAAAUAUAUUCGUUAAAUUUUAAGGACAUUUAGAUUUUUUUGGUUUUCAGUACUAAGUGAAAUAAACAUUUCAGCUCCAGAAAAUGUGAAUUUCCUGGCCAUAAAUUGUGGUGUCAGGCAUUAAAGGGAUAAUAUUGUCUGUCAUUGUUCAGUUCUUUUAACUAAUGCUUUUUUUCUACGGGUUUGCCUCCACUCUGACUCUUUUCGCGCAGAUAAAAACCCACAACAGCAUGUCCCCUUGGAGGAGUACUCGCAGAACCGGAAGGAGAUCACCAAGCUCCUGGCUUCAGCGGGGGUGUCAGCAGACAGAGUCAUCUUCAUCACCCCUCCACCUCUUCAUGAGCCAGCCUGGGAGAAGGAGUGCAUUUUGAAAGGUAACAGUAAUUCUCAAUGUCCUUACAGCCAAAAAGUACAUGAUGACAGCUACAUGCUGACAAAUAUCCUGUCUUUUCCAGGAAGUCCUCUCAAUCGGCAUAACUCUGUAGUUGGGCAGUAUGCUCAGGCAUGUGUCCAGGCUGCCGGUCUGUGUGGUGCAGAUGUCCUGGACCUCUGGACACUUAUGCAAAAAGAUGGACAGGUAAGAGGAACAUGUCUCUUUUGCUGACAAGUGUUAUUAUUUGUGACUGUUGCAUGAAUUUCCAUUUUAACAAGUUCUAAAAAAUAGCUAUGAGGAAGUCCAAAGGAAAACCCCUUCCUUCCUCAUUUUUAACACACUUUUUUUUACUCACAGUGAAAUGUUGAUGGAUAAAGAUUACAGGAUUUCGGCUCUCUACUCUUAAACCGGCGAAAUGGCCUAACUGUAUCUGAUCAUAUAAUAGGCCUUUAUAGUAAACACCUAGGUAAGAUGUAGUCAGUCUUCAAGAUACUCAUCUCUUUUUCCAUUUUUGCACAUUGCAUACCCUCUUCUAACAGUUUAAACCCCUCAGACUGUAUUUAAUUUGCUAAUGUAUGACCAAACCUCCAGGGAACAUUAAUCUGGCUGGAAUUAUUACAAAUAUAGAAAUGUAUUUUCUGGUGAAGGAGUAAUGCAAUAAUACUUUUAACAAUUUAAAUUAAGACCUUUUCUGUAAUUUCUUCUAAAAUUACCAAUAAUUUGCUGAGUUAUUUUCGAGAAAACUCACCCAUAACAGCCAAGCAGUAUGAAAACACUCCUGUAUAUUCCCUAUAGCAUGUCUUAUUUCUAACUCUGGGUCAGCAGAUAGACUUGAUGUGCAAGAAAAAAGAUGCCAGUUUGUUUUAUUUUGGCUCUUUUGGACACUUAAAUUGUAGAUGGAUUUAAGUAUUUAUUUCUGUCUGUAUAUGUUCAAAAUCUACACCUAAAUUUAUCUCUUAAUGGAACACUCCAGCAGCCUUUUACAUAUUCUGUCAUGUCUUUCAGGACUAUUCAGUCUACCUGUCUGAUGGGCUGCACCUCUCAGAAAAGGGAAACCAGUUUGUGGCUCAGCACCUAUGGGGGCUGCUAGAGUCACGUGUUGCUGACCUGCCUUUCAUCCUGCCAUACUGGGGAGACGUCGACGUCAAGAGCCCCGAGAGCAGCCUUCUCUGUGACCAAUGA